CACAACAAGAAAAAGAAAUUUUAUUCCCAAAAAUUAUCAUCAAAUGAAUUCUCAAGAAAUCCAACAAUCUUCAAAUUCUAUACAAAUCCAAAAUGUUGAGAUAUCAAUACAAAACCUCAUCAAAAUCUGGGAUAAAAGGCAAAGAUGGCAUUUCUUUGUAAUGAAUCCAAAACAAGAACCAACCAAACAACAAUGGCGAAAUAAUUUAACCAAGUUUUUAGAAUCUAUACCUGUUAGACUUUUCACUAUUGUCUUGCUUAUAAUCGAUCUUGUUUUCACAAGUCUUGAGCUCUCUUCCUCUUUGAUUUCCUGCCCGAAAAAUGGGAACACAAAAGGUCAAGAAAAAGAAGAGGUUUGGUACCAUUGGGCAGGUAUAACGAUCUUGGGAUUGUUAUUUCUGAAAAGUAUAGGCCUUGUUGUAGGUCUAGGACGAUCGUUUUUUCGAAGACCGGGGUACUUGCUAGAUGGCAUAGUGGUAAUGGUGGCAUUAUUUUUGGAAGCUUAUUUGGAAAAAAAAGGUGGAGGAUUACUUGUUGUAGUUAGUCUAUGGAGAAUUGUUAGGGUUGUGGAAAGUGCAUUUGAAUUAAGUGAUGAGGCAAUUGAAGCACAAAUUGAAGAAAUUGUUUGCCAAUUUGAAGGAUUGAAAGAAGACAAUAAAAGAUUGAUGGAUUGUGUAGUUGAAAAAAAUAAGGAAAUUGAGAAGCUUAAAGAAGAGUUGGAUCAGUAUAAAAAUCAGGACAAAGAAUCAAAGGACUAAGAUGAUUUUAUCUUAGACUUUUUUUUUUCUAAUUUAUUUCUCUAUUAUUUAUUUUUGUGAUUUUUCCUAGUUCAAUUUGAUGUAUAAAUAAGCAGAAUAUCUUACAAAUUACUCGUGAUAUAAGGAGAAAGGAAGAAAAUUCGUUUCCCAAAC